AUGAGUAAAGGAUAUAUUAAAAUAAUUUUUUCUUUUUUGAUAUCAUCCGUAUAUAUGAGCAAUAAAAUCCUUGCAAGUGAGGGUGAUUCAUAUAUUGAAGCUUUACGAAGAUUGAUUAGAUCACCUAACACGUCUACUCCCCUCAAUGAUUAUUUAGAAGGAACAAGUGAACGACCAUUCAACUUAUAUAUUGGUCAUAAAGAAUCUAAAAUAGCAGAGCAACUUAUGGACGAAGCUGAAUUGUUAUUACAAUACCAUGCUGCAAGUACGAAUUAUUACAAAUUAUAUCAUAAACACGAUGAGAACUCAAUUGAAUAUUCUAAGAAACAUGGAAAUACAACCAUUUAUAAAUUUAAUCAUAAAAUCAAAUAUCCAAAUAAGUAUAAUGAUAUAAUAGACAUGCUAUGGAAUCCGCAUGUCAAAUAUUUUGGUAAUCAAAUUGUUAAAGAAAAAAUUGUAUGUGAAUACUCUCCAAAUUUAAUGAUGAUUCUUCAUCGUUACAAGAAUGAUGCUAUAUCGUUCCAUGGAUAUUACUAUGCUUUAGCCAAAAAAGUUCAAGUAUCAGACGACACAACUAUAAUUGUCUAUGCAUCAUCUGAUAUAAAUGACUACAACCGUGUAGAUGAAAGAAAAUAUACAAAUACUAUUGUAGAAAGUGCAAACUUAUUCAGACCAAGGAUUUGUUCGGAAAAGGAUAUUAUAAAUGGAGAAUUGACAAAAAUGUUUGUUAACUUAUCUGGAUUUAUAAUUCAAAAAAAAACCGAUUGCGUUGAUAUUACCUAUGUCGACUCUAUUAAUAUUAAUACCCCUAUGUUUGAAGAAUUAUUAAUUGGAAUAGUUCACUCAUCACAAAUACUAAAUAUUCUGAGAUUAACCACCAUAAUUUCCAUGAAAUAA